GCUCACCCGGCGCCUGCGCCUGCGCCCGCGCCCCCCAGACACGCCAGCCAUGACUUCCUUUUUCAGUCGCAUCAAGUCGGGCGCUCCGCCCUUGAGCCCGGCGCCCGGCACCAUGCCCAUCAGGAAAGAUGCCAACGCGCCAGAGGCCACGCCCCUCGAGAAGCUGCUCGUCAAUGCCGGCCCUGUGCGCGCCGACGGCAGUGACAAGUUUUUUGGCUUCGAGAAUUUUGGAAGCACAUGCUACUGCAACUCGAUAGUCCAAUGUCUCUACUACUCAGUCCCCUUCCGAGAACAGGUCAUCAACUUCCCCGCUCGCUCGCCCCCAGAAGCCCUCGAAAGACCCGAGUCGAGCCUGCCCAGGCUCAACACCAACCUCACCAAUGGCCAGAGCACCGCUCUCUCGCCAGCAGGCCGCACCUCAGUCUCUAGCCCCACUUCAAAAGCACCCGUAAAACCAGCCACGCCUGGAGCGCCAAACCAGCCUCCGGGCAUCAAGCCCGAGGACAACAAGGACUCCCCCGAGUACAAGAAGAAGCAGGCCUUGGCAGCCGGCCCAGUCCUGCAAAUGGACUAUGAGAAUGCAAAUUCAUAUGGCAUGAACGAGUCGCUAUUUUCGUCGCUCAAAGACAUAUUCGAGGCCAUUAUCGCACACAGGUCACGCAUAGGCGUCGUCAGCCCACACAAGCUCCUGGAAAUCUUACGCCGAGACAAUGAAAUGUUCCGAACACCGAUGCACCAGGACGCGCAUGAGUUUCUAAAUUUACUUCUGAACGAGGUGGUGGAGAAUGUUGAGCACUUUUCAAAAACACGCUUGGCCGAAGCCAGCGCCGCCGAAGAGGACGACGACAGAACGACGGUGACAUCAGGCGACGUAGUGCCCGCACGUAGUUCUGUGACCUCUACCAAGUCCAAUUCUGGAUGGGUCCACGAACUGUUCGAGGGCACCUUGACCUCUGAAACCCGCUGUCUCACAUGCGAAAAUACGUCACAACGAGACGAGGCAUUCCUCGAUCUCUCUGUCGAUCUGGAGCAACACUCGUCAGUAACAAGCUGCUUACGAAAAUUUUCCGAAGAAGAAAUGCUGUGCGAGCGGAACAAGUUCCACUGCGACAACUGCGGAGGUCUGCAAGAGGCUGAGAAGAGGAUGAAGAUUAAGCGGUUACCCAAGAUUCUCGCUCUGCAUCUUAAGCGCUUCAAGUACACCGAGGAUCUUCAGCGGUUGCAGAAACUGUUUCAUCGUGUGGUGUACCCCUUCUAUCUUCGGCUAUUCAACACCACAGACGACGCCGAAGACCCGGACAGGCUAUACGAACUAUAUGCCGUAGUCGUACACAUUGGAGGUGGUCCCUACCACGGCCACUAUGUAUCCAUUAUCAAGACGCAAGACCGCGGCUGGCUCUUGUUUGACGACGAGAUGGUGGAGCCAGUAGACAAGGCCUAUGUCAGGAACUUUUUUGGCGGAGAGAACGUUUUGGCCUGUGCAUAUGUCUUGUUCUACCAGGAAACAACAGAAGAGGCAAUGAUGAAGGAGCAGGAAGCGGAUGCAUUGGCGGCAGCAGAGCAAGCAGCCAAAAUGGCGCAAGAAGACGUCACCACGCCAAAACAAAACGGCACAAACGGCACGCCAUAUCACGUCUUUCACAAUGCAACAACACCCUCGGUCGAAGAAGCCGACAAGUUCGCCAGUCUCGCCCACGCUGCUACCGCACCAGCCGUAGCACAUGUCGAAACGAAUGUCGAAACCCCCCCAGUCGAGCACACGACAACUCAUGUCCCUGCACUUGCUCCGCGCAAGAGCAACCUGGGGCUUUUUGAAAAAGGAAAGGAGAAGAAAGAGCGCAAGGCGCACGAAAAGGAGCUUGAGAGGCAAGCAAAGCAGAAGCGACGGGAGAUGGAAAUACAAAGGCGCGAAAACUAUCGCAAGCAGGAAGAAGAGCUUAGGGCAGUACUAGAGGCCAGCAAGGCGUCUGCCGUCGAAGAGGAGAAGAAGCGCGUUGCAAGCGGUGAAGUGCCAUCGCCAUCGCCAUCACCAGCACCAGCACCAGUCGCAGUCCUUGGUGGAGACAAAGAAAAGCAUGUCAAUGGCUUUGGCCAUGUAAAGGGAAUGAGCGGGCUCAAUCGAUUCAGGCACACAUCCAUCAGCCUCAAGACCAAGCCCAAGUUCUGGUCCGCACACAAAGACAAGGACGGAAGCGCCGACGAGCACAACCCACCAGACACUCCAACACAUGAGUCACAUGAGAAGGACGGCCGGAAUCGCUUCAGUCUAGGGCGCAAAAAGAGCACUUUUAAGUUUUAGAGAUAGCGAGAGAGAGAGAGAGAGGAGGAAAAGGAAUUAAAAAAAAGAAACGAAAAGCAAAGUCGUUCUUCUCAACCACACACACACGUCUGCGUGUCUGUUUUGUGUCGUUUGUAUCAUGUGGAUCUGGUUUGCGGAGGCUUUUU